AUGUCGCAGAGGCCGGGGAGGCACCAGAGGAGGGCGUCGCAGAGCGUGUUCUCGCUGCCGGAGAACUUCGCCAGCCUGGAGGACGUGCCGGCGGACGGCGUCGGCGAGCAGCGGAAGCCCGCCGCGGCGGGGGCGGACGCCUCCGAGCAGCAGCCCGCGAGGCCGGCGGCGGGGCGCCACCGGCGGGCAAUGUCCAUGGCCGUGCCCUCCAGGGACCUGGACAUGAUCGCGGAGGACAUGGGAAGCUACAAGUACGGCGCCUGA